CAAGUGGCGAAAUAUUUUUAGUUCUGGUAAUACAGUCGCGUCGUCUAUUGAUCGAAAAAUUGGCGCACGCUCGAAAAUGAAAAUUCGCUUCGAACCAAAACUCGAAAAACGAAAAUAAGGGUAAACAAAAUCAGAGUGGAUUUUUAAUUUCCGAAAAUCCGUAAAAGAAAACGAAAAAAUAAAUAUUAAGAACAUACAAAGUGUUGUGAAUUUAAAGUAUUAAGAAAAAAGUACAGGAAUAAUGGGUUCCCCAGUUUUAAAAAGUCUUUCGGUACUAUUAGGACUGUUUUUCAUAUUCGUAGGGAUAAUUAAAAUAUCUAGUGUGAUUUCGAAGGAUCUCCAUAAAGAUUUGAGGAAAGAAUACGUAAAAUAUGCCAAAGUAUUUCCUCUAGCCGAGGCGCUUAACUUCAAGAUCCCGUCGAAGUGGUACCGAAGAACCGUCGGAGUGCUAGAAAUAAUAUUUGGCGCCGCAUUAGCCUUUUAUCCCAAUCAUAAAAUAAAAAAUGGCGCUAACGUUGGUCUCCUAGUCCUUACCUUCAUGGCAGUAUACUCCCAUUACAUGGUGGCGGAUCACUUUGAAAGGACCGCACCGGCCUUGGUGUUCCUGUUCCUCCUUUGUGGUCGGCUGGUAGUGUUCUUCCAGGUCCAAUCCAAGGAACAGCUAGCUUCGGAACAGCCUGUCUCCAAUGGGUUCAAACAAGAGUAGAGACAAAUCACUGUUAGUUUGAUUAUCCGCCCUACAAUGUCUUUUAAGGUUGAUAAGUAUUUUCUGUUUAGUCCUAUAAGCAUUUUCUAUUUAUAUGUGUGACACAAAAGGUGAAAAUUAUACAAAUAUCCCCAAAAUUAUUUGAUUAAAUUUAUUAAUAGAAAAUGCUUGAAGAAUGAAUGAUCGAAUCUUAAAACAUGUUUAGGUACACGAAGUGAAUAAAAUUAUAGAUCAUAAUAAUUGUAAAAAAAUAUUCUGAUUAGUGACGAAAGUGAAAUUACAUUUGUAAAUUUAGUUUAUAAUGUGUUAUAUUGUCAUCUAUUUGUACGUUUUUAUUAUACAAUUAAAACUUCAAGAACGACGAAUAGAUUUAAGAAGAAAUUAUAAGCUUAAGCUGUGUUUAGACUACUUACGUUCAAAAAUGACUUGUUCAAAAAUUUGUGUCUCCAAAGUUUAGGGUGAACUGUUUUUUUAAUGCCUUUAUUGCCAAAAAAUGUUACAAUUUGUAGACAAAGGUAAAGUGAACAAACAAAGUAAACAAACAAACAAACAAAAGAGAACACAAAACAUUAUACUAAUAACAU